AUGAUUGUAGUAACUUUAAGGAGUGGGAAGCAAUUGGAAGAUCCUCCUAUCAAGGAGCCAUCACGGGAGGUUGUUGAAGGAGUAAGCGGAAGUGAGAAGGUGAUUGAUAGUUCUAAGAUUGAGGAAGAGCCAAAGGAAGCAACUUCAAAACCUCUUGCUCCAUCUGUGCCAAAGAAUGCUAAAGUUGCUUUGACUGCAAAGUGUAGUGCUAUAUUGCAAAAUACUCUCCCUAAGAAAUUAGGCGAUCAGGGUAGCUAUUCAAUUCUAAUGAAGCUUGGAGAUAUCGAAAUUAACAGGGCAUUAUGUGAUCUUGGUGCAAGUGUGAGUCUUAUGCCACGCUCCAUCUGUAAGAAGCUGCAAAUGGGUGAACUCAAACCCACACGCAUAUCCUUGCAACUUGCAGAUAGGUCAGUCAAAUUUUCUUUGGGUGUACUUGAGGAUGUACCUCUUCGUGUAGGUAAAUUCUUUAUUCCUUGUGAUUUUGUUGUGAUGGAAAUGAAGGAGGAUGCACAUGUUCCUAUUAUUCUUGGUAGGCCUUUCUUAGCUACUGCAGGUGCAAUAGUUGAUAUGAAGAAUGGUAAGAUCACCUUUGAGGUUGAUGAUGAGAAAGUGGAAUACUCACUUUUAAAUGCUAUGGGUACUCCCUCUAUGGGGGAGACCGUUUGUCAGAUAGAUGUUCUUGAUGAUCUGCAGAAUGAGCAACUUCCGUUGCGUAAAACAGAUGAUGAACUUGAAACAGUGCUAGUAGAGAAGGACGAUGAUGGAGAUUGGGAAUCAAGGGAGUAUAUCAGGCUACUUGAAGAAGCAAAGGCUAACCCAAUCACUACUCCAAUCAGAGAAGUACUUAGUGCAGUGAGUGUUGGGGAGGGUACUAUGCCUCCCGAGGUAGAGUUGAAACCUCUUCCAUCUAAUCUGAAAUAUGCAUAUCUUGGUCCUAAUAAUUCAUACCCUGUUAUUGUUAAUGCUGAACUCAAGGAAACAAAAUUGAGCAAUUGCUCACUGUUUUAA